ACUAGUCUUAGCUCCCAAGUUCCAACAAGCUACAGAAGAGAGAGAGAGAGAGAGAGAGAGUUAGAGUUGUACAGAGCGGAGGACAACGGACAACCUCGUCAUUUCGGAGAUUGAUCAUAACAUUUGGAAAAAUGGAGAGGAGUACACCGGUGAGAAAGCCUCACACUAGCACAGCAGAUCUGCUCACCUGGUCGGAAAUUCCGCCUGCGGAUUCGGCGGCCACCGGUUCCGCAGUUUCAGGUGCUCGUUCAUCGGCCCGUUCUCACCAGCCGUCGGAUGGGAUCAGUAAGGUGGUGUUUGGAGGUCAGGUCACAGAUGAAGAAGUUGAGAGCUUGAAUAAACGGAAGCCUUGUUCGGGUUAUAAGUUAAAGGAGAUAACUGGUAGUGGUAUUUUCGCAUCUGGUGGAGACAAUGAUGCACUAGAAUCUGAUAGUGCCAAUCUUACCCCCGCUAACAAAACCGGAUUACGCAUGUACCAGCAAGCAGUUGGUGGGAUCAGUCAGAUUUCAUUUGCUGAAGAAGAAACUGUUUCUCCUAAGAAGCCCACUACAUUGGCUGAGGUUGCAAAGCUUCGUGAGCUAAGUGGGACACUAGAGAGUGAGUCUGAGGCAAAGUUGAAGAAGCAAUUUUCUGAUGCUAAGUGCAAGGAACUCAGUGGGAAUGACAUUUUUGCGCCCCCUCCAGAAAUUCGACCUCGACCUUUGGCUGCUCGUGCGUUGGCAUUAAGAGAAAGCAUAACCAUUGGAGAACCUGCACCCCACAAUGUACACACAUCUGUCAAAGUCCCUAAUUCUUCUGGAGCUCAGAGUAAUGACAUGUUCAAUGAAGAACCUAUCGUCAAGACAGCAAAGAAGAUCCCGAACCAGAAAUUUGCUGAGCUGUCAGGAAAUGACAUUUUCAAGGGAGAUGCUCCUCCACAAUCUGCAGAGAAACCUCUCAGUUUGGCAAAGCUGCGAGAGAUGAGUGGCAGUAACAUCUUUGCUGAUGGAAAGGCAGAAUCUCGGGACUACCUUGGUGGGGUUCGCAAGCCCCCUGGUGGCGAGAGCAGCAUUGCCUUGGUGUAA